GAGCUGAUUGGGGGGGGGGGAGGAAAAAAAGUGUCCGGGAGAGGGGGGGGGGUCACUGUCAUCUGCUCGGCUGCCGCUGCGGACAACAACCAUGGGGAAUACGACGUCCUGUUGUGUGUCGGCGAGCCCCAAACACCGGCGGAGUAACCACUCGCGACUGGAGCCGUAUCGGCCCGAGCCGGAGUUGAGCCGAGAGGACACGGGCUGCAACCUCCAGCACAUCAGCGACAGAGAAAACAUUGACGAUCUACCUAUGGAGUACAAUCCCUCGGACCACCCCAGGGCCAGCACCAUCUUCCUCAGCAAGUCGCAGACCGACGUGCGAGAGAAAAGGAAAAGCCUCUACAUCAACCACCACCACCAGGGCCCCGUGAGACGAAAAUACAGCUCGUGCUCCACCAUUUUCCUCGACGACAGCACCGUCAGUCAGCCCAACCUCAAAUACACCAUCAAAUGCGUCGCUCUGGCAAUAUACUACCACAUAAAGAACAGGGAAGUCGACGGAAGGAUGCUGUUAGAUAUUUUCGAUGAGAAGCUGCAUCCAUUGUCGAAGUCAGAGGUCCCUGCCGACUACGACAAGCACGACCCCGAGCAGAAGCAGAUCUACCGCUUCGUCAGAACGCUGUUCAGCGCCGCACAGCUGACCGCCGAGUGUGCCAUCGUCACACUGGUGUAUCUGGAGAGACUCCUGACAUAUGCGGAGAUCGACAUCUGCCCUGCUAACUGGAAGCGUAUUGUCCUGGGGGCUAUUCUCCUGGCCUCUAAGGUCUGGGAUGACCAGGCAGUCUGGAACGUCGACUACUGCCAAAUUCUCAAGGAUAUCACCGUGGAAGACAUGAAUGAGCUGGAGCGGCAGUUCCUGGAGCUGCUGCAGUUUAACAUCAACGUGCCGUCCAGCGUCUACGCCAAGUAUUACUUUGACCUGCGCUCCCUGGCCGAGGCCAACAACCUCAGCUUCCCCCUGGAGCCACUCAGCAGGGACAAGGCCCAGAAACUAGAGGCCAUCUCACGGUUGUGUGAUGACAAAUACAAGGACUUGAGAAAAGCAGCCAAAAAGCGGUCAGUGAGCGCAGACAACCUGGCGGUGGUGCGGUGGGCGCCGGCCAUCAUUUCCUAACGUCAGCGGAGGGAAGGAGAGGCAUUGGGCGGUCUUGCCAGACGUGUUUCUGCCUGGUAGUGGGCAAACCAUGGGAGCAGCAGUCGUGUGGAUCAGUGCUUUUGUCUCCCUGAACGAUAUCGGCAUAAAUGCAGGCAGAGACACACAUGCACACCUGCAGACACACACACACACAUGCACACACACACAAAUAUAUAUAUAUAUAUAUAUAUAUAUAUAUAUAUACACAUGCACUCACAUAGACAGACGCUUACACACAUGCACGUAUACACAGACCCAAUGUGGCACUUUUCCAAGUGUUAUUCCGGCCCCCCGGUAAACUGUACAUACAAGAAGUCUCACUGGUUGCCUGCACUGAACCAAACUGAGCUGAACUAAACUGAACAGGACUGUCAGAAACUGAACUGAACUGAACCAAACUGGCCUGGGUGAGGGAAAGCCGUUGGAUAAUGAAGACCAAGCCUGCGGAAGUGAAGACGCCUUACGAAAGAGAGUAACAUCCGUCAGCGGGAGUGGAAAGGUAAUAAAAGAGGUGAAAACUCAAACAUAACCCACGAGCACCAACAGCCACGCACUGCAGGAGGACCUUCACGGUGUGGUGGUCUGUUAUGGUUGAUUGAAAAAACACCCUGCUAAUCAGUGUUUGGAUAGGCUUUGUACAUUCCUUUAGUUUUAAUCAUCUUACUCAAUCAGUUUCUUAGAAAAAGCACAAAGUUUUGUUUUCCUUUUUAUACAGUUAACGGUUAAAUAUCAUACACGCUUCCCGAUAAGUAUGCCUUUGUAUUUGAUUGUGUCAUCGGUGUUUGGCUGUUGAUGUGUGUUACUAUAUAUCAGCCUCACAAAGACCUGAGGAGAGUGGCGAACAAAACUGGAGCUGAACAGAAGAGUUUUCCAAAGGAAAGAGGAUGUGCUUUCCACUUUUCAGUGUACAGCUUCUGAUACCUUUGGAAGAAUUGAGUCACAAGGCCAGACUAACCAUCGUCAAUCCUGCUUAACAAAUAAUAACCAUGAUUAUUUAAUGUCUCUGGUUUGGUUGAUUUACAUUUUAUGCAUUUAGCUGACCCUCUUAUCUGCAGCGACUUACAACGAACGAAUCUAUGUUGACUCGUUGUCUCGUUCAAGGACACUUUCACGAGACAUGUAGCUGUUGCGGGAGUCGAACCCACGACCCUUCAGCGAUAGAGCGGUCGCUCUCACAGCUUGGCCGCCAAUCUACCCACACACGCUAAGCAAUACCCGCACAUUACUGUUCCCAGGAAAUACAACGAAGCUUGCCAAGGCAUUACUGUAUGUGGGAGGAAAGAGACAAGGUGGUCUGGUGUCUAGUAAUUACAUUCAGAUUGUGAGACGUACCGGAGAGGUUAUUUUGAACUCUAUCCACUGCCAGUGUCCUGACCUGUGGUGCCUGUAAUAGGAUAGAAUAACACACUAACAAAUUAUUAUAAUGCCCCCCCCACUUUAAAAUCAUCUUAUUUUCACCAUACAAAGAUACAGCACAAAUAAAGCAAAAAAAGAAGAAAAAAAUUCAGAGAUAAGAGCCACUAAGCAUGAUUCUUCAGGGUUUAUUCUGUUUUGUUUUGUUUUCUGGAAAAGACCUAAAAAAAGCAUUACAUGAUAAUUCAAACACUUCUUACAAAAAUACGGAUUGUAUAGAUUUUGCAACUUGCCUCUGUACAGUGUAUAUACCUGCAUUUUGUGUGCAGAGUCUGUAGACUAAGGCCACACUGUAAAAAAAAAACAGAAUGAGAAUUAUGUUAUAAUAUUUAUAUUGGAUCAGUAUUUACUGUACUUGAAGAGGAAGGUAAAGAGUUUGAUAUUUUGUUUCUAUGACAAAUCAAGUGAAGAGAUGGAGGUAUUGAAAAUCGGCUCUGCAUAGGAGACACCACUUUCCGAUAUUUUUUUCCCAGUGUUUAACUCUUACAUCAAGCUUUUGCACUGCAAAAAAUGGCAAGUUUUUGAGCAGCAAGGAAGUACGUAUUUGUUAUGAGUUAUGCAGGCAUUUUUCACUUAUUUCGGUAUGUUUUAGGAAAAAUGAUUUUACCUCAUUGUCUAACAACAUUACUGGUUUCAUGAAAUGUCACUUCAAAUGAUAACACUUGUUUUAGAUAUGUAUGUGAAAUAAGGGAUGAAUAAAAAUAAUGUCUUUCUUGACGAGAACAUUUAUUGAUAUGUCAUUUCUUAAAGGUAUAUGCUAUGACAUGUGAAGUGGGAUUCAACAAUCAUGAAAUAAGCUUGAAAUGUCAACAUACCAUGCUUGCUAAUAUUGCCAGUUUCUGCAAUGUGUUUUCUCCCGACUGCCAAAGUCAGCUUGAUGACCCAAACUCAAACGCGUCCUCGACAAGUUCGGUCACCACGAUGUAUUGUUGGCGUUCAAACAUCCUACGUGUUUUGUGCAUUUCAGUGGAAAUUGUGAUUAAUGUUGCGUUAUUUCCAGUCAAGUCACCAGAAAAUCGGUCGGUCAAUAUUUGACAGUGACAACAUCGAUAUGUAUGAAGGGAUGGAGAAGUACCAAAGUGUCGAGUAAUGAAGGACUGCCCUGUUCCAUUCGUGUCUCUGUUUAUCCUGCCCCUUGCACAUAAUGUAUUCGAACAGGUUUUAGGGACUUGGAGAGAGAACUGUUGUAUUGCAUGUCGCUUUGUGCAACAACAACAAAAACAAAACCGUGGAAAGUACCGAUACAGGAGUUGCUGUUGUGGGCUCAGCCAUUAUAGAGGUAUUCAAAGAUUGUAUAUCCUAUUUAUUGUAUGUGUGUGUGCAUACAGUCCAACCUGGUGUUUCCAAACCCAGAGGUGAGCACUCAUGCCUGAUGGUGAAACAUAGAGGAUGCCCCAUAGCGGUGUGAGGUAAACCCCAUGGCGAAGGCGGUGGGAAGUGUGGCGUCUUGUCGACUGGUUACUGGGUGUGUGUCAUAGCCUUGUGCACUGAACUCUACCUCUGCAUAGUUUUUACUCAUAUCCCAAUUCCUCUUGCCCUCCCUUCAGUGGCAGUUUUGCAGUUUUACAGAUUUGGCUAGUUAGCUUGACAAUUUCCCGCGCUUACGUCAAACAACUACUGUAGCCGCUCAGUUUUAUUUCUUUUUGUCCGUACUUGUUUCCUGCUUCUUAAGGAUUUAUACUGUAAUCUGUUGUUAUACAUUGCUGUUGUUGUCAGUGUUGUAUUUACCCUCUUCUUCUUCUUUUUUUUUUUACAAAAAGAAAAUUUUGACCUAUAGUUGCUGUUCUCAGUUUGCCAAAUUCUGAGCUGAUUUGUGUCUGUAUGUUUGUAACUAUGAUUUAAAGAACCGCUCCCAAUUCUUAUCAUCUAAAGCAAUGUUUAGAAAAACCUGCACAAAAAUUAAAACUUUUAAA